ACACAACUAGAGUGUUAAACUCACAAUUGAGAGUUUGAAUUGGGAUUUGGAGUAGAGGCUGGGUUAUGUAUCAGUUCAGCCCUUAUACUUUGUCUCAACUAACAAAUAAUCCCCAAAAUUAUUUGUUUUGCUUAGCUCUCAUUUAUACCAACAUAUCGUUUGGUACCAAAUGAAUCAAGAAUUCAUUUCAUUGUAAAAUGAAUUCUUUUAAAUACCAAACACAAAAAUAUUUCAUUUCAAAAUGAAUUCCACAAAACUUAUGGAAUUCAUUUAUAUCAAACGGACGUAAUGAAAUUUGACAAAUACACCCUUCCGCAGUUUUAGUUUUUGCCCCAUGUAAAGUUCGUUACUUAGUGGCGGUCCCAGGCCACCGCAUCGAUUUUCAUCCGCCAACGCAAGUGGACUUCGCCGUCGCUCAAGUCGUCGGCGCCGGCACAGAUGCCACAACAGUCGUGGGCUCGUGGCCUCUUUGCCCUUUUCUGAAGACAGAAACGUCUUCCCUUUUAUCCCUUCCGGUUUCCAAUUCUCGAAGAGUAUUCCAGACGCUGCUUUCCGAUUCUCCCUUCACGUUGUCCGAUUUGCGAUCAGUUCGCUGCUGCUGAAAGAACGGAUUUGCAGUCAGUGUCGAGUUUAACGCCGCUGCUGGGGAAUGAAGGUAAGGAGAUUUUUUAUGGGAACGUGGCUAUAGUUUUUGGAUGUGUUUAUUGGACUAGGUUGCCUGCCAUCUGUUUGUGGAAAUGUCGCAAUGGACACAAUGCUAGAAUCGAGAAGAAUUAUGAGUUAUGCUAUUUAUUCACUUCAGGGAUUAAGUUUAGUGAUAGGAUUGUGUUAGUAGGAUGACGAGACCAACCACAAUUUUGUUUUCACACUUGGGUGUUAUUUAUUGCCUACUAGGAUUAGUUACUACUUACUAGUCUUUGUGUUCUUCACCAUCCCUGAAGAAUCUUCUUGAUCAUCCAUAUCAUAUCAUUUCAUGAGUUUCUCCUUUUCUCAUAAUUGUUGCUAGGUGGUUUCCAGACUUCGAUAUUGGAUCAAUUCCAGUAUCUUUCCUUUUGACGUUAAUUUCUCUGCUUACUUAUGUAAAAAAACUAAUGAUAGAUUUUUCCUUCUUAGCUAAAAACAAGAAUUUGACUGGAGACAGUGAUUCAUUCAAUUGGAAACUCAGAAUUGUGUUAUAUUAUUGAUAAUGAUAGCCUUUUCUAGUGGGAACUCAGAUGAUGAUACUUUUCCCCUUAGCUAAAAGCAAGAAUUUGGUGAAGACGGUGGCUCAUUCUAUUGGGAACUCAGGAUAAUUCUCAAUUAAAAAGUCACAGGAAAGCAGGAAUAAUGUACCUUCGAAAGAGUUAAGAUACAAUGCGUUCUGUUAUUAGCAACGCUUGUAUCUGGUAUAUUUGCUGUGAAUUUGAGCCUUCACAACUACCGACCCUUAACUCAAUGGCUGCUGUUGCAGCUCUUCUUGUUUGCUUGGCCUGGAUGUUCUUUGUCCAUGUGACUUCUUGUGAAGGCUGUGGUCAAGAUGAAAGAGAAGCCCUUUUCAAGUUGAAGGCAGAUCUUGAAGACCCUUCAAGCUUUUUAUCAUCUUGGGUUGGUCAAAGGGAUUGUUGUACAUGGUCUCGAGUCGUCUGUGAUAAUUUUACUGGCCAUGUCACUGAGCUCCAUCUCGGAUGGCCUUCUUUGAGGGACGACUCUGUGUUCAGUGGAUACAACUCUUUUGGUGGACCGAUUCCUGACCAACUUCAAAAUCUUACUUCUCUGAAGACCCUUCGCUUGUCCUCCAAUCAAUUCUAUCAUUCAGUACCAAGCUGGUUGUAUAGAUUACGUUAUCUUGAGACACUCAAUCUAUCUGGUAAUCAGUUGGAUGGUAAAGUCUCAACUGCUGGCAUUGGAAACUUGUCUUCUCUUGUUGACCUUGACUUGUCAUUCAAUCAUGGCCUCAAAUUUGAGAGGGGAAUUCCAGAGUCGUUCAAAAGCUUCUGUCGUUUGAGAUCGCUUUCUCUGCAAAAUGUAAUCUUAAAUCAAAAUAUAUCAGAGUUGCUUGAAAUCCUUGGAGAAUGUGCUUCUGAUACUUUACAGAUAUUGUUGUUGUUUAAUUGCCAACUGACUGGUCAGUUGACUGAUCGGAUCGGAAAUUUCAAGAGACUUAACCGUCUCACUCUUGGAAAUAAUUUCAUUUCUGGUUCACUUCCAAUGUCGUUAGGAGAAAUGACAUCCUUAGACUAUGUAAACCUUGCAAGAAACAAUAUCAGUGGGACAAUUCCAACAAGUUUUGGGGCAUUGGCACAGCUGGGUUAUAUGGAUAUCUCUCAGAACUCAUUGCAUGGUGUUGUUUACCCUGAAAUUCACUUUGCCAACAUGAGAAAGCUGACAUGCUUUUAUGCAUCUGGAAACAAGAUGGUGCUGAAAGCUAAACCAGAUUGGGUUCCUUCGAUGGUACUUGAAGAAUUGGACCUAGAAUCCUGGUAUGUUGGACCUGGUUUUCCCAAUUGGCUCCAGUGUUUGCAGCAUCUCAAGUCUCUUGAUCUAUCAAACUCUGGAAUUUCAGAACCCAUUCCUGGCUGGUUCUGGAGCAUAUCGUCUCAGUACUACUAUUUGAAUUUCUCUCGCAACCAAAUCCCUGGAAGGCUCCCACAUGUCGUGCCCAUAGUUAUCACUAUAUCAUAUUUUGAUUUCAGCUCCAAUUGCUUGGAAGGUCCACUGCCCGCCAUCUCAUCUAACUUGACAUUUCUGGACCUCUCCAACAAUCUGCUUUCUGGAAACUUGUUCAAGUUCUUGUGUUUCAACCCCAGCGAGAUGAGGGCUACAGAAUUUCUGAGCUUAUAUGGUAAUAAUUUGACUGGUGACAUACCAGACUGUUGGAAGACUUGGCUGAGCUUGUCGAGCAUAUGGCUAGGAGGAAACAAGCUCAGUGGCAAGAUCCCAAAAUCCCUUGGAUAUGUAAGUUCCCUCAAAUCUUUGCGCCUUCAGGACAAUAGGCUGUCUGGUGAAAUUCCACCAUCCCUCCAAAACUGCUCCAGGUUAGUCAUAGUUGACUUGAGUGAUAAUGGAUUGGAGGGGAAGAUUCCGGAAUGGAUGGGACAAAGCCUUUCAAGAUUGUCCAUUCUUAGUUUACGCAUGAAUAAGUUCCAUGGCAUCAUACCUAAGGACAUCUGUGACCUGCAAUCUUUACAGAUCUUGGAUCUUUCUCACAACUCUCUAUCUGGGGCCUUGCCUGAAUGUGUUGUUAAUCUCAGUGCCAUGGCUACUCCAAACAAUAAUACUUUAGGGGUCAUUGCAGUCUAUGGUGUUCAGGGGCAAUCGUUGUUAGAUACUCAGAUUCUGGUGAGAAAAGGGAAGUUGUUGGACUACAGCACCAUACUGAACUAUGUAAGGAGUUUGGACCUCUCUUGUAAUGACUUGUCAGGACAGAUCCCCAACGAGAUCUCAAGCCUGGAAGCCCUUAAAUACCUCAACUUGUCACAUAAUUCAUUCUCUGGUGCAAUUCCGGAGGAUCUAACUGCAAUGCACUCUCUUGAAUCCAUGGAUCUAUCGUGGAACCUGCUGUCCGGAUCAAUUCCUUCAAGCCUGGGAAGUCUCACGUUCUUGAAUUACUUGAACUUGUCGUACAACAACUUGGUUGGUAAAAUUCCCUCAAGCACUCAACUGCAGAGCUUCGAUUCAUGGAGCUUCAUUGGCAACCAAGAACUUUGUGGACCUCCAUUGAAUUUGGAUUGCAGCUAUGACAGCAGAUUGCAUAGUUUAAUGGACGGAGAAGAAAAAGAUGAAGAACAUGCAUUGUAUUGGUUUUCUAGCGGCGUAGUUUUUGGUUUUGUGGGCGGUUUCUGGGGUGUGGUUGCCACUUUUGCAUUCAUCCAACUAUCGACAAACCCAGAGUCUGAGUUGAAGGAUCACACGGGUAAAAAAAUGUGGAUCUUGGUAAUGAGAUUGCUGAAGUAGGACCGUGUUCUUGCCCCGAAAGGGCAUUCUUAGGGAGGAACUUGUGCACACAGUACCCAGAAUGUACAGAAACAGAAGUUAUAUCAGUCUUUCUAUCAAAUGUUAUGAAGCUUGGCCGUAGCUGUAAGUGAUUUAAAUUAACUGUAAUCCUCCUAGACUAGACUUUGUCAUUUCUUAACAAAUAUUCUUAUUUAAAUGUAUACUUAGAUCGGUCAGAGGAUAAGGCAGAAAGCCACAUACUCAGAUCACCAGUAGUCACUCAUAUUCAGAUCCAACCUGUUGCACUGUAAAACUUUGUUUCUAAUCCUGAUUGAAAAGGAAACCUUGUUGCACUGCAAAAAUUCAAGCUCGAUAUUGUUCACUGUCCAGUUUGCACUUGAUACUGAUUUUUCCAGCCAUGUCAUACUGUUACAAUUGCUUAUUUUUUUCCGUUGGUUGCGAUCCUGUUUUCUACAUGUUAAUUGAUUGUGCAAAUUGUUUCUCAGAUGAGAUUAUUCCGUGUUCAUGAUAGCAAUCAUUACAUCCAUUCCUUGCUAAUAAUUCUGUAUUGUGCUA